AUGGCGGAAUCAACUUCUUCUCCGCCCAGCAGUGGCGUGGGGGACGUCGAGGAGCCGCAAGGGAUUGACGAAGAUGUAACAAUGGCUAUAGAUUAUUGCCCAACCGGACCAGCUCUAACUGAGCCACUUAUUCCUGAUAGGAUCCCACCACAUCCCCCGGAAAUGCGGAGUAUUAUCAGGAGGCUGAGAAGACAGGACCUACAGCUUCAAUCUAGUCAUAUGUCGCCGGACUCCCCACCAUCAGAAGGCGAGAUGUCAGUAGCAGGAUCUGUUUUGGACUACAGAGAUAAGUACCAAGAAGGAUGUCAAGGUACAGAAGGCUGUACGUCGGAUGCAUCCUCUUCAACUCUUUUCCCGAAGUGGAUGGAGCAACAGAACGUCCAAUUAGAUCUGGACGCGGGCCACAUGAGUAGCUCUGGCCCCAGGGUCCGAGGCAUCGUUGAAUAUACGGUUACCUCCGCAAACCUCGCGCCAUCGUGGACCACAACACCUGCUUCGCCCAGCCUCGGAGGUCCGACUCCCGGGAUUAACGGGCCUGGCAUCCUAGUACCAGACACAUGCAAGUCUGGAACCGAUAUCGCGAGCGACGACAGUCUGCUGCCUGGCAAAUUCGACCUCACCGCAGAUCUCACCCCUGAAUUGCCAACUAGUGGCCUCCAGGCCAUGAUGAUACACGCAAAAUUGCGAGCAUCUUUGCCGAGAUUAGCGAGCGGUGUGAACCGGAGGGAUCUUGUGCGAUUCCAUCUCUCGGAUGAGGUCGCUCAGCACUGCUCCAGUCGAGUCCUGAACCGGGUUUACAAACCCGCGCGGACGCGAGUUCGAGGGAAAGUGCCUGCUCGCAAGCCAGCCGCAACACCGUCGGGUGCCGGUGAAAAAGGCUCAGCUGCAAGGCCUACGCCAUCAGUGAACGACAAAGGGUCUCCGUCUAUGGAGACAGGAGGAGCUGCUGCUCUUUAA